AUGGUUGGCCGGCUGGAAGGAAAAGUCGCCUUAGUGACUGGUGGCGGGUCGGGCUUUGGUGCCGGCAUAGCGACCAAGUUUACCCAAGAAGGCGCAAAGGUGCUUAUCUGUGACUUGUCCGAGCAGAACGGCACCAAAGUCGCCCAUUCUCUGGGCUGCCAAUUCUUGGGCGCCGACGUCACGAAACGUACGGACUGGGAAGCGCUCCUGAAGAAAGCCAUUGAUGCCUAUGGGGGUCUGGACAUCGUCGUUAACAACGCCGGCACCACUUACAAAAACAAGCCCACCGAGACUGUCACUGAUGACGACUUCGACUUGUGCUUCAACGUCAACGUCAAAAGCAUUUACCUGUCGGGCAGUGUGUUGCUCCCUUAUUUCAUCGAGCAGAAUCGACCGGGUUGCUUUAUCAAUAUUGCGUCGACAGCAGGGAUCAGACCCCGGCCUGGAUUGACUUGGUAUAACGCUUCCAAAGCCGCCGUGAGCAACGCUACCAAAACAAUGGCGGUAGAAUAUGCGCCCAAGAAGAUUCGCUUCAAUGCAGUUUGUCCUGUGGUGGGCAGCACCGGGUUGACACAUCUUUUCAUAGGGAAGCCAGACACCGAAGAGAACAGGAAAGCCUUUGUCUCGACCAUUCCACUUGGACGAGGGAGUACGCCAAAAGACGUGGCAAACGCUUGCUGCUAUCUUGCCAGUGAUGAGGCAGAAUUUAUCACUGGCGUUAAUCUUGAAGUUGACGGAGGGAGAUGUGUGUAA